CUAAUUGGUUUAUUAUUUGAUCGAGCAAGUGGCGGCCGGGUGAAUCGUACGUCAGGAUGGGAAACGUAACCUUAAGGAGGGAGCAUAGCACCAAUAUGGGAGGAGUUGUUUCGAGUUCUCUCUCCGUUGAGAGACUGCAAGGAGCAGAGGUGGUCUCUGCUCACCUGAGCAUUUCAGGUGGCAGUCGCCCUGCUGAGUUGUUCAGCGACGGGUACCUCGUAAGCAUCGUGAUCCACGAAAUUCCGCGAGUUCUCAGCCGAGUUCUCGUUUCAUUACUAUACGUCACUUACGAUGCCGGAUAAUAUUAUCGAAUCGAUCGAGACACGCGUUUUUAACGCGCCGGAUAUAUCGGACAUCGGUACUGGAAUUGUUUCACAGAUAAUUAAUAUCUAUUUAUAAGCAAACACACGGAGAGACAGCGACACGUUAUGGAAAUCAGUGUGACCAAGUGCAACGCGUACGAAAGUAUUAUGGACACGGACAGUGGUAAACAUUUGUGCUGAACCGUUCCUCAAGGAUUCUGUUAUUCUCUUUUCUCCGUGAAAAGGAAUUGUGAAUAGUGCGUUAAUUGUAUAAAAAUUGGAGCAUGAUGGGAGAGGUGAUACGGGUAUCUGGGAGGACACCGGAUGUUGGGGAGUUCCUCAAGGAGGCUAUGCUGUCCCAAAGAUUCGCUGAUGUUGCUCUCUGUUGUCCUGGUGGUCAAAGAUUCCUAGCUCAUCGUCUGGUUCUCUCUGCCGCCAGCCCUUAUUUACAAGAAGUGCUGUUGGCUCACAGUAGAACGUCGUCGCACUGCGAACCGAUCACAGUGAUAUUAGCUGAGGUAGAAGCGCCCGAACUGGCUGCUAUCCUUGGUUUUGUGUACACCGGAAGCGCGACGGUGCCUCGUCCUCGGUUGAACGCUUUCCUCCAUGCUGCCGAGGCUUUGCACAUCAGACUGCCUCCUGUACCGGUCGUGAUGACUUGCUCGCAAGCGGAUUGCAAGCAGGAAGACAUCAAAGACGUGAAGAUCAACCCGAAGUACCUACGGUGCGAUCAGUAUCCGUGCUGCGACGGCUGGUACCGUUCAGGGAGAAAUCAAGAUGGAGAUUCCACGAGCAAAGAGGAACCGUAUCCACCGAUCGAGUCCUUGGAAACCGCAAGAGAAAUCAGACCGCUUCCUGAAUCGAUGAACUUUCUUCAAUCCAGAUAUGGACCUGAAAAAUAUUUCUCUAGUACGAUCUGGUCUGUUCCUCCUCCACCGUUUACCAAUGUCCGACAAGAAAAGAAUCUUCAAUCUUAUGAGAAAGAUGGAACGAAUCGGAUGGACGUCAGGAGAUAUCAAUCAACCCCUGUGAUAUCUGCUAUCAGCGAUAUUCCUGCUGAACAUGUGGAGAAUCAUCGAGUCUGUGAUUCAUCGAUGAAAACUCAUCAUCAACAGGAAUUUUGUUUUUCAAGAAGCUUGUACGAUAGACAAUUGGAACCUCUGGAAUCACGAAUGAAGACUGAUCAGAAUCGGCCUCAAACGAGGGAUGAUAAUCGUCUAGGAAAAGAUUUAACUUAUGAUCGUUGUUUAGAGCAAGACAGAGCUCCUGUCAUUCGUUCUAGAAUCGAAUGCUGUCAGAAUAGAAGUACAGUUUCACCUAACCGGACCAGAUCGGAUCACGGUGAGGAUUUGUCGUGUCAGGAAGGUUGUUUCGUCUGGAAAUCACCCAAGAGACACGUUGCCAAUCGUGUCACUGCUUCGCCUUGGAAACAGACCAUCAGACCUUAUCAUUUGCCCAAGUUACAGCCGAUCGUUCUUCAGCCUGCUCAUCCUGUCCAGUGCACCGAUGAUGCAAAUGAAGUCGGAGAAAACUUUCGUCCACCGGAAACAGCGCGUCUACCCGUAACCUCUGCCAGUCCUAAUAGGCAAUUACCCAAAAAUUCACCACCUAACGAUCUUUAUUACGACGUUGAAGUUCCUAUCACUCAUGAAACCACGUACAAUAAUGUUGGCAGACCAUUGGAAGAUAAUAGUUCUCCUACGGGGACGAAACAGCAGGAAUUUUAUCCACCUCAAAUCCCGUUACCACCAACCACUCAAAUCGUUUCGUCGAUUAGUAACGAAGUCAGAAGCAACGAGCCUCUUUUGCAGCCUCAAAAUACUGUGAUCUCCGCCACGACGAGGCCCUUAUUAAACGCGAAUGAGAAUAUCAAUCGAAAGGCUAGUUAUAUGGGUCCAGUGUUUCAGCAUCCGGUACAGAAGCCGGAAAUCUCCCAUCCCGUUAGUAGAUUGUGCGAUACGAUCGAGUCGAACGAUACGAAUGAUCGUUUCACGAUUUUGGAGGCAGAAAAAGAUUUGAAAGUUGAUGCUAAAGUCAUCGAGAGAGUGAUUGUAAAUAGUGAUAACAAUAACAACGAUGCGAUUAUCAGUAAUGAUGUUUCCCAACGUGGAAGAGCCAGUGGAACUCAGGAGAAUCAUCGAUGCGAUCAGUGCGGCAAGACUUUCGUUACCAGAGCGUCUCUGAAGGUACACAUCAGAACUCACUCGGGAGAGAAGCCAUUUCGUUGCGCCGAUUGUGGCAAGCAAUUCUCCCAACUACGAAACUACAAAUACCAUCGAAGCGUUCACGAGGGUACCAGAGAAUUCGCUGCAACCUGUCCAGAAUGCGGUAAAUACUUCAACGAUCGAGGCUACCUUAGCUCUCACAUGAAGAUUCAUCGUAAUCGUAAAGAAUACGGAUGCGCCGAGUGCGGGAAGAGCUUCAAUCAACGGGUCGCUUACAAUAUGCACGUCAGAAUACAUACAGGCGUGAAACCGCAUCAAUGCGAGCAAUGUGGCAAAGCUUUCUCCAGAAAGAUGCUGUUGAAACAGCAUCUCAGGACCCAUUCAGGUGAAAGACCGUAUCAGUGUCAAGUCUGCCAGAAGGCUUUUGCUGAUAGGUCGAACAUGACGUUGCACACGAGACUUCAUUCCGGAUUAAAACCGUAUCAAUGUACCCUGUGUUCGAAAGCGUUCACCAAGAAGCAUCAUCUGAAGACUCAUUUAAACUAUCACACCGGGACCAAACCGUAUUCUUGUCCAAACUGUGGUCUACGAUUUUCGCAGAGCAGCAACAUGAGGACUCACUUCAAGAAGUGUACCGUUAACAAUUCUGCGGAGGGUAAGGGUACACAGAUGGAGAACACUGUUGUAGAAUCUUCUAAGGAUGCACAGGUAAGGAUCAUCUCCAGGACACCUACCGAUACUUUGACUCCGCCGAAUUCGGAUCAGGAACUGAGUAUCCUAACACCCAUUUCGAAGAUCACCGGAAUUGAAGUGUCUGGAACGUAGCAGAGGUACGAAGGAGUCAGGUUAGAUAUGUGUUAUUUAUUCUGCGUUGUUCAGCUCUGAAUCCUUUUCGAUUAGAUCGGAUGGAAAAUUGGCCAUCUCGAAGUCACGUGAUUUUAUUUUAUUCUUAAGCGUAUUGAGUAAUUGAAACGACGUCUUAUAACGAGGCUGAUUGAAAAGGAUGAAAAUGGCGUGUUUAUCGUAAAAUAGGUCUCCAGUUUCGACAGAUAACACGAUAAAAUUCUGUCUCGAAGAGAUCAAUCUUCGCGACAAAUCGGUGAGCAGGUCUGUGAUGUAACCAACCACGUAACCACCUAUGAAUCAAGUUAAUAACGGUGAAAUUUGCACAUUUUGUGUAAUUGGUGGUCAGAAAUUGUGCGACCACUUUUUGUAUCCGAUGAGAACGGUCGUCUCUGUUUCCUUUUUUCUCCCUUUUUUUUAUUUUUAUUUUUUUUUUAUGAAGUCAAGUUCCAGCGAUAAUGCACGAUGAUCGCGAUGGAUGAAAUCGAUCGACUGCUCGCCAGUGUAAUCGACCGAUAGAAAGUAUUAGAUUCGUUUGAAAGUAGCUCUGUCAGUUGGUAAUCUGAGAGCUACCAUAACAGUAGAAAACGGUUGCCUUUUCCUGGAAAUCGUUGUUUCGCUGUAACACGUAUGUAUUGAUUCUGUCCGCAAAUUGUUACGUCAAUUUGUUUUCUUUCAUUCCUCUCUGUUUCGAAUUAAUCGUCCAUGGCAUUACAGUGUUUUUCUUUCAAGCGCAUUUUAGUUUUGUAUUCGUUGCUCCGAGCUUUGCAUCAAUUAUUUAUAUGUGUAACGAUCUAAGUGGAUGAGAAUGGUGUGAGGUAAUCUCGAUUUGGUUUUCUUUUCUUCACGAUGAGUGCAUGACGAAGAAUGCGAGACGAGUGAUUUGAUGAUUACUGCAGUGUUUCGAAUUGAAUGCAGUGUACAUAGGAAUCUAGAGUAGUUUCAUUUAUAUUGUAAAAAAAAAAAAAAGAAAAAAUGGAAUCUCCUUUGUACUUGUAAUAUAAGUGAAACAAAAAUAUUGUAUAAUGCAAUAAAACGCGUGAACAGCGUAUCGUGUCAUUAAA